AAUACGAUUACGAAUGCUCUAGACCGUCACAGAUUGGACAGCCUAAGGUGGGCAUGUUCAAGGAUCCUGAUCAAUCGGCUUUGUUGGAAAGUCUAACGCUGGUGCUUAUUAUAUUUUGAAGGCUGCCUAUAUGCUAACAUAAAUAGAGCCUAAUCCCGUUGAUCAGCUACGACCUAAUCUCCUUAUCAUUUUCAUCUCGGCACCCUAAGUGAUACUAUACUAAAUCACCAUGAGGGUCCAUCUCUGGCCGGUGGCAGUAACAGCCACCCUCUCCUCGGCCUUAUUCAUUCCCACCCCCCAACAAGCCCUAAGUGACCUCGACCUCAACAGCAUAGAAACAAACGAUAAGGCCGCCCUCGACGAUUACCUCCUCCAACUCUCAGUAUUGGACGCCGCAUCCGAAAUCCAAAACACUGACCUAGACAACACCCUCACAUCCCUCUUCGACACAGAAGACUACGACUACGACUACGACUACUUCGAUGAGGACGACUAUGGCAACUCAGAAUACCUCCCCGAGGACAUCACCCAACUGCCCCCCUUCUCCCAACUAUACCCACACCACCCGCCCGCCGACAAGACUAUCUACGAGCUCAUCACCGAAAGCAAAUAUACCACCAUCCUGGCGAAGCUCGUCAAAGAAGACGAGGAACUAGUCCAGCUCCUCAACUCGACAGAAACAAACCACACGUUCUUCGCGCCCACAGACGACGCAUUCAAGAAGAUCCCGCACCACGAUGACCACAAACCACCCAAGGAGCUCAUUCGCGCCGUCAUCAAGUACCACCUCGUCCCGGGACUCUGGAACGCGCGCACCGUCUUCCACAGCCACACCCUACCGACUGAAUUGGAAGCUCCAGCACUUGGCGAGAAGCUCCCACAGAGACUGUCCGUCCGAGCAGGCUGGAGAGGUCUAACGCUGAACUUCUACAGUCGGGUCGUAGCCCCCGAUAUCCCCGGCACCAACGGCCUCAUCCACGGAAUAUCAAGCCUCCUCAUCCCACCCCCAACCACCAAAACCCUCCUCGACCUGGUUCCCACAAAAUUCAGCACCUUCGAUCUCGCCCUCCUCAAAACCAACCUCACCGUCCCCGAAAACAAAGACCAAGAUGGCAACAAGAAAGGCCACACGAUCUUCGCCCCCUCAAACGCAGCUUUCGGCAAACUGGGUCUCAAGAUCAACGCCUUCUUAUUCUCGCCCUACGGCCAGAAAUACCUCCUCGCGCUACUCAAGUACCAUAUUGUUCCGGACCGGACGCUGUACUCGGAUGUCAUUUACACGGAGAAGGGGGAGAUCCGGCCGUUUGGAGUCCAGGGGUUCACGCAUUUGGAUCUGCCGACGUUGUUGGGGGAGAGGAGGUUGAGGGUUGAUGUGGCGCGGUUUGGACCGUAUGCUUCGUUGAAGGUUAAUGGGUUUCAGCGGGUGGCGGUUGCGGAUGUGUUGGGGCGGGAUGGGAAUGUACAUAUUGUGGAUGAGGUGUUGGUUCCGCCGAGGAAGGUGGCGGCGGAGUGGGAUGAGUGGAACGAGGAGUUGACGGUGGAGGAUCUGAAGGAGCGGCUUGCGGGGUGGGUGGACGAUGAUCAUGAUGGGUACAAUGAGGGCGUGGAAUUGUGGGCUCAUGCGUUUGACUUGUAGUUGGGAGUCGUUUGCUGGGUUCGAGUCUCGUUUAGACUGAACUACUUUUAGGAUGUCAAAAGUUGGCUCUACGAGAUAAAGACCUACAUGCUAGGUCUACCGAGUCAAUUCCAGUAAUGUGAUAUGUCUGUAAUCAAUUGCAUCUGUAUCUUGGUUCGUAUAUCAAUGGCAUCAUAUUUUCAAAGCAAGCAAACAUCAGUUGCCAGGUUGCAAUAAAAUCAACACGGAGAUU